UGCGCGGAAUAAGCCCCUCCCACGGAAAAGGAAAUACCAAAAACGCCACAGAAUCCGUUUGAUAUUUAAUAAAGGCACGGGCCUCAUUUUUGGCUAUUUCUUAGGGAAACAUUUAACAUAAUAUUUUCUAGAGGUUUAAAAUUUGUAUUUACCCGUCCCCACGUAUUCCCAGAGACGGCUCAUUGCCAGUGUAUCUAACAGUUAACUCCGAUUUUAUUGGACGAGAACACUGUCGGUCUUCAUGGUAACUAGGCGACAGCCAAUCAAAUAAGAGAUAAGAUCAUUCGCUUACAGUAGUACCGUAAUUUAAUUGUUUUUACAUUACUAAACAUGUAUAGAUGUAAAAACCAAAAAGAGCACAACGGUUAAAAAAAACUGAUUGUUUUUUCUUAAAUUUUCAUUUGAUAAUAAUUAAAGCAUAUUGUAUGUAGUGUUACAAUAGCGUGCUGCUUCUAGUGCUAAGUUUUUUUUAGGCCAUUUUGCAUAGAUUGUAAACAACAUUGUGAACAAACAGCCGUUAUAAUGUAACGUGCAAAUAACAAAAAACAUUUGAAGUAAAACGAAUACAAUUUAAAUAAAAAUAAGUGAAAAAAUAAAAAGAAAAAUUUUUGAAGAACAAGAAGGGAUAGUUUGUUUGGAAAAACGUUGCCUCGUGUUACCACCAGAAUGACGCCAAAUGACGAACACCUUUCUCGAGUUUCCAUUGGCUACUGCGACUGGGGGAGUGCCUUCGCGAAUCAGACCCGGAAAAGGCAUAACAAUAACACGAACACAAAUGAUUUGCAGCCCAAACAUACAGUUUAUAACUACAAUGCCAUUUGCAAGUAUUUUAUCAGGACACAUUCAUUCACAAUGUUUUCAUUUGAACAGCCAUUAAGCACGCUAACUUUCCGUGUAAUACAAUAAAAAUACAUUAAUUUCUGGUGCGGUGAAACUUCCCUAUUAAUAUAUAUAGUAAUGAAUUUAAAAGGUAUUAUGACAACUAAAGGAUGGUAACACGUCAAGCAAAUACUUUCGACCUUAAACAAGUCCACAAGUAAUAACUACACAAAAACAUAACUAGGCCUACACAUAUUGUACACAGUUGUCAUAAAACAUUUAACCAUACGACUUUUUCAUUGACAGAUGUACGAUGCAAUUGCUAUAUCAUGUACAAUAUUUGCCAAGUAGUUCACAGUUAAAAGCAAAUGGGGAAACAGUGAGAUCAAGUCUUGGUAAGGGGAGGGGGAGAUCAGCAACACAACAGGAGAUAAGCUCGAUUUGUUCAUACUUCCACCGCUGGGGCUCUUCUGCAUCUUCGCCAUCUGCAAACGCGAGGAAAUUAACCAAAAAUACGACAUGAGCUCGACGCAAACCUGCGGCGCCGACACACGCGUGCCCAUUUAAUAACCGGACGCGCUUUUCCUCCCCGGUUUACCGAGUUGAAAGCGUUCGGGAUGGGGAAGGAGGUGAACGGCGUCUCGCGGAGUCGCUUUGAGAUGUUCUCCAAUAAUGAUGAGGCUGUUAUCAACAAGAAGCUGCCAAAGGAGCUGUUGUUACGAAUCUUCUCAUUCCUGGAUGUUGUAACGCUCUGCCGCUGUGCACAAGUCUCCCGAUCAUGGAACCUGUUAGCCCUAGAUGGCAGUAACUGGCAACGCAUCGAUCUCUUUGACUUCCAGAGGGACAUUGAGGGCCGUGUGGUGGAAAACAUCUCAAAACGAUGUGGAGGCUUUCUGCGAAAGUUAAGUCUUCGAGGAUGUCUAGGAGUUGGAGACAGUGCGCUCAGAACGUUUGCUCAAAACUGCAGAAAUAUUGAGCUGCUCAGCCUCAACGGUUGCACGAAGAUAACUGACAGUACCUGUAACAGCUUGAGUAAAUUUUGUCCCAAACUGAAGCACUUGGAUCUCGCCUCCUGCACCUCUAUUACAAACCUGUCUCUCAAAGCACUAAGUGAGGGCUGUCCUCUGCUGGAGCAGUUGAACAUUUCGUGGUGCGACCAGGUGACCAAAGAUGGCAUACAGGCGCUUGUGAGAUGUUGUCCGGGUCUUAAAUGUUUGUUCCUCAAGGGCUGCACACAGUUGGAAGAUGAAGCUCUUAAGCAUAUUGGAGCACAUUGUCCAGAGCUGGUCACACUCAACUUACAGACGUGUUCACAGAUCACAGAUGAAGGUCUGAUAACCAUUUGUCGUGGAUGUCAUCGGCUGCAGUCGCUGUGUGUGUCGGGCUGUGCAAACAUCACAGACGCUAUUCUCAAUGCCCUGGGACAAAACUGCCCACGCCUCAGAAUAUUAGAAGUGGCACGCUGCUCUCAGCUUACAGACGUCGGGUUCACAUCAUUAGCUCGGAAUUGUCAUGAACUGGAGAAGAUGGAUUUAGAAGAGUGUGUACAGAUUACAGAUGGGACGCUCAUUCAGUUAUCUAUACACUGCCCUCGACUCCAGGUUUUGAGUUUGUCUCACUGCGAGCUGAUCACCGAUGAUGGGAUCAGACAGCUGGGCAGUGGUCCGUGUGCUCACGACCGUCUGGAGGUCAUCGAGCUGGAUAACUGUCCGCUCAUCACCGACGCUUCCUUAGAGCAUCUGAAGACCUGCCACAGCCUGGAUCGCAUCGAGCUGUACGACUGCCAACAGAUCACCCGCGCCGGCAUCAAACGCUUGAGGACCCACUUACCCAACAUUAAAGUCCACGCCUACUUUGCACCCGUGACUCCGCCUCCAUCAGUGGGCGGAAGCCGUCAGAGAUUCUGUCGCUGCUGCAUCCUUCUAUGAUGUAAAAACAAGACUGCAUCUUGACCCCUCCCCCUGAUGUACCUGGAGCACAUGCUGAUGGAUCCCCAGUCAGAUCUAAUAUAAGUGAUGAUCAAACUCUCAUCAGCUUCAAACAACACUACAGUCCCUUCAAUGGCUUUAUGAUACUCGGAUAUGGUAACUACUGUAAACGGAUUUGGGAAGUGAGCAUGAAACUUAGGGGAAAGAGCAUGAAAUAUGUGGCUCCUACUCGACACGACACCGUGGAUCGUGUAAAUCUGAUUCAAGAUCAUGCUGAAACGACCAGAGACGAUAUCAAAAGGAAACCAGCAUUUGGAGUUACGAUGGCAGCAACAAUUUGCCCCUAGUACAUAAAUAUAACAAACAUUGUGAACCCCGCUACACAAACAAACAUCUUUCACAAACACACUCUCUGUCUGUCUCUCUUUCUCUUUGUUUUACCCUGUGGCUAAGCAAAGACUGAAUAUUUUUAAAGCAUGAUACUCUUCCAGGUUUUGCUUUUAUUCUGUCGUUUCCUCAAACUCUCCUUUAUUAAAAGGUGAAAGCUAUUUAGUCGGCUAAUGGAAGUGAGGGGUAAGGUUAGGGACCUUGGCUGCUAAGGGGGCCGGUUCAUGUCUAGAUGACCCAGAUAAAGGUGUUACGCUCUUAUGCACAUAAGAAAGUCUUUGGGUUGUAAGAAUGUAAAUAAGCCAAGAGGGAGAAAUGUGAGCUAUAUUUUCAACUGAUGAUCGAAUGUCAUCCCUACAUUCAUGAGAGGUCACGUGGCUCACAUCGCAUUGUUCGAUAAACUGCGUGUGUGUAAAAAUGAAUCCGUCGCUGAUAACAUCGCAGACAAAGGUUAAGUAUUUAGGAUUUGUUCAUUUUUCUAUGCCAUUUGAUUUUAAGGGUGCAUUCACACCAGCCGCGGUAGAGGCGGCAAAAACACGCUAUUUGCGUGUAGUUGGACGCUUGAACAUUUGAGUUUACUUGCAUUCACGCGGAAAUGCGCGUCACUCCGCUGAGACUCUGCUCGCUUCCUGUAAUCACUUCACUACUACAGCACGGUCCUGAUUGGUUAACGUGGCACGAAAUCUGCAGAAGUUUAAAUUUUUUAACUCAUGCGUUUCCCGCGGCAACGUUCAAUUCGCACGGAAUGCGUGAUCCAUGCCAUUCGCGUGUACUGUGCUGCAGGGUGCCUAAUUGCUUCUUUGCAUUGACUUAAUGCUAUGUACACAUCAAAUUACUUGCUCUAGAUUACUCGUGGGAUUUAACUUCCUAUCAUGUGAAUUUUUCACUCGAGUUGAAUAUUUUCGUUUGAGGCGAAUAGCGUGUGUUUUCGCGGGAAAUGCGCAGCCCAUAUCGCGUCGCCCACAUCGCGUCAUUCGCAUCACCCCACGCGAGGAAGCAUCUGAUCGUGUCUUUGCGUUAACUUUGAAUGUAAUCUAUUUGCGCAAAACGUUGAACUCGCAUCUGGUGUGAACCCACAGUAACAUUUAAAUCACUCGCGCUUGCCGCCUCUACCGCAUCUGGUGUGAACCCUGCUUAAGGAAACUCGAAGCAAGUCGACCAUACUCAUCAAUGCACUCACGUAUAACUCGAAGAAAUCGGGUUUGUAAACGAAUCGCCAAUAAUAAGUAUACUUUAUAAACAAUGGACUGUCUCUUAGAUUUUAAAAACAAUCAAAAGCGUUUGUUUUAAAAUGUUUUGUUUGUUUGUGCUUGUUCUCAUCAUGAUCGUUGUCGUUUCCGUUUUGUUUUUCUUUUGAGUCGGUGACCAUUUAAGGCCACUUGUGAAAUGUUAGCUUCGCUUUUUUGUUGAUUUUUUUUUUUUUUUGUACGUUAGCUGAUGACCUUGAAAUCAAAUCUGUCACUGUUUAAGUUGCAAUAUUAGUAGAUUGUUUCGAUAGGGCUUUAUAAAUGUGCACACGCUACCUGGAGCCAAGUUGGUGGUGGUUCGUGGCAUAAACAUUUUUCAAAUCAUGUUACUUAUGUUGUAAGUCACUUUUACAUUAACUUAUAUUCAGUUUUUCCAAAGUCAAGUCAAGUACUCGCACGUGAUAUUCAUACACUUUGGACAGCUGUGAUAUGUGUUGACCACCGAUUUUAAUUUAACACGUUUCGUUUUUCCGUCAUACUUAGAUGAAAGUAUUUGAGCUGGUUAGAAUCAUACGCAAUAAAAUGUUGUAUUUCGAAAUAUGUUUUCUAUAUGUUGCAUAUUGCCUAUAGUACAAGACCUAUUGGUGUUGUUUUCUGUGAUGUUCUGUUGAGCUUGUACCUAUCUUGACUUUUUUAUCUUGAUCUUUUAUUCGUCGGCUUUGUCCUCAGCACAUAAAAAGCUAAAACUGGUUUUCAAUCAGAGAUUUGUCCGAUCAAAAAAAACUGAUACUGACACAAUCAUUUGUGUGUGUAUGAGGCACUAACCCUUCUGUUUAUCCGCUUUACUGGUGUUGAUUUUUACAUUAAUUUUACAUUAUCAUGACAUUUGCUGGUCCACAAGAUGCUCUCUGUUUUUCAAUACUAAAUAUAUGUUAUAUAACAGAAUCUUCUCUGCUUUAUUCCUAAAAGCAUGCUUGAUCUCUUACUGUGUGCAUAUAGGUCUAAAGUUUUAUCCUUUGAGUGCAAUGGGGUCCAAAAGUCUCAGACCACACUCAGAUUCUGGGAUUCAUAAUAUAAUUUAAAUGUGGAAUAUACCUCGUUUUGUGAAUUGGAAAAUUGAUGCAUUAAGGAAUGUUGCUAAGGUAUUAAGAAAAAAUUAUUUGGAAUUUUGUCAAUAUUUUUUCAACCCCUAGGGAAUCAGCUGACAUUGACAUUUGACUCCUACUACUAAAAUCCAUUGAUGGAAAAAUGCAUUAAAUAUUUUGAAUAUAUGUAAUAUUAAUUUUAAGCUGCAGAGGCCGCAAUUAAGUUUCACGCAUAGUGCAUUUUUGGUUGUAAAUGGUCGUCAUGAAAUAUACUACAGUAUAAUAUCUACUAUAAUUUUCACAUAAUGGUGCGUACACACCAAAGGUCCUUGCUCUAGAUUACUCAUGAAAUUUCAUGCAAAUUUUUAACUUGCGCAAAGACUUUGCGUCAUUCGUAUCGCUCCGCUCAAGUUCACAUCUAUUCACGUCUCUGCAUUGAAGUUUUUAUGUAAUCUACUCGUGAAAAUCGUUGAAUUUGCGUUUGGUGUGUACGCCCCACUCCCACCUUCUUACUUCUCAGAUCGUUUUUAUUUUGAUCAUCUUUCAUUUGUAUGUUUUCUGUAUUGUUCAUCAUUUAUGUUACUCUCCGGUUCGUAUUAAAAGGGCUGAACAGAAGACGUUGAUGUUUUUGUAUUUUUACUGGCAUGCAAGUUUGAAGACCACAUACCGCCAACUACUGUCUGUAUGGAUGUGAACUCUCAUCUUCUGUUUGAAAUCAUUUUACAUUCUACUAACAUUAGACUUGUUAACCAUGUUAACCACGCUGUAGCAUUAACAUUAGGAUUCACAAGGGGGCAUAAACGAUGACGUUUCCCAUUCACUUUUAAUGGGUGACUUCAUGCAUUGCCGGACUGAAUUGUGGAUCCGCCGGCACGGCGGCAGAAUUUGAACAUUUCUCAACUUUUGAAGCAACAACGCGUGCGUCAAUCAAGAUCGCCUUAUGCAAAUAACCUAGGCAGAGCCAGCCAAUUACGUUUAUGGAAGACCGGAGCAUGUGUAGCGGCCACUGUGAUUGGCUGUUGGCCACGCUUCAGACAAGCCUUCCGUCAAGCGUUAACACUUUCACCCGAUGUGAAUGUACCGUAAUAGAACGGGUUUUGAUUGCAACCUUUUGACGUCAAAAUAUUUUUAAAGAGUUUAUUAAAAUUAAGAUUUUUUUAUUUUUUUCACAUUCAUAUAGCCAAUCCCAGUGUUGAUCUAUUAGGCCAUACAUGUGUUAUAGUUCGGGUUACCCUUUAACUCAUUUGCACAAUAGUCACACAAUUAUCUAAGUUAGCCACGUUUAAUUUAUGUCAACAUUUGGGAGAAACAUCAGAGAUGAAGUUGACCUUAAAUACAUUUUUAAGAACUCAAUUAAGUCAUCUGUGCUAUAAAGAGCAUCAUAUUAAAUAAUUAAUUCUUCUUGGAAAAAUAAUUGAGUUUACACACAUUUUUGUGUAAUGUCGAAUCUUAUAGCAGACAUCCCUUUUAAAAUUUGUAAAUGCAACUCUUUUAUCCAACAUUUGGACUCUAUUGUACAUCUGAGCAAACCUGGAAAUAUCAGAUCACCUCCUUAUGCUGUGCUUAAUGUUUAAAGUUUCAGUUUUGCUAUACAACCGGUUUUAAAUCCUGUUUGAGUUUUUGGAAACAGCUGAGAGGGUGUCUCUUAAAUAAACCUAUAGAGUACACAUACAUGUACUGACACAUACGUGUUUAUCGGUCUUCAGAGCGUUUUGGUGGUUGUGCUUCAUCAAAUGUCAUGCAGGACACUUGCGAGACAAUUAUACUGUUUGUUUUAAACACUAUAAUGUUGUGCAAGUAACUCAAAUGUUUUGUUGAGUCAAAUAUAAUAUUUUAUGGACUAAAUAACUGAUUACGUAAGGUUACACCAACAAAUAGGAUUUUUAAAGGUCAGAUCAGGUACCUUUUAGGUAUUCGGUAAAAACUAGUUUACAGUAAUGAAUGUGAGUGUUAUUAUUAAAUUAUUCAUCAACGUACUCUUUAAGGCAACAACCACAUUAAGUUUUUUGUUUCUUGCUACUGUUGUGUUCUGUGCAUGUGUUUAACAUCCAUGUAUUCUUUACAUGUAUUUGCUGAAAUGUGUCGACCUGUGGCCAUUGCCCUUUGUUUUUGCAAACGGUUUUAUGAUUUUGAAUACUGUUGUUAGCAAAUUAUUUAAGAGAACAAGUCCGCAAUACCCCAAAUAAUGUUUCUCAAUGUAGUCAUCUUUAUGUCUCUCUUUCUUUAUCUCUUUCUAAUCUCUAUGUUAUACACAUGGACAUACACAAACAUGGAUCUGAGUGCUGUCACACCGCCCUCUCAAUCAACAUGGUUAUAUGUGCACCUGUUAUCAAUGAGUGUUUAUCAAACACGUGGAGUUUUUUGGGGUCAGAUUCUGAAUCACACUCUGAACGUUUGAGAUGUUUAAAAUGAUCGAUCGGAGCCCUGAGAACGUGAUUUUGGUCCAUGCGGAUUACAACCUUCACAAAGAUUGUACUUGUAUGAAUUAUUGUACUUUUUAUUUUACAAUUAACCAAUAAAAAAUGAAUAUGGCAGAAUGAAUAAAUAUAUAACUAUAUUAUUAUUAA